AUGCAGUUGAGGGAAGGAACAUUUCGGUAUCGCUUGCGCGAGGCCUUUAGCCGUGCCCGAGGAGCCGUGAUACCGAACGAUCGCCCCAUGCCUCUCUUCACGCUGCUAGCCGUCCUUGGCAACGGCGGGCAGCUCGUUCAGGGCUUUGCCGUUGUGCUGUCGGUCCCGUGCAGUGUGGAAAGGACUCGGUGGUGCGCGUUGGGGCUCACCAACACAAUCGUGAACAUGGUGUACGGUAUUCUUCUCAUGUGGCGGAUGCGGCGCCGCAUCGAGGAUGGUAUCCCACUGCAUUGCGGCACCUGCCGGCUCUUUUUCCUGGAGCCGGUAAACAUCGCGUUCAUGGUGUACGUCUUGUGGGAGUGCAUUUGGAUGCUGCUUGCCCCACAGAUGGCGGAGGUGUAUCGUGACGUUNUCAUGGUGUACGUCUUGUGGGAGUGCAUUUGGAUGCUGCUUGCCCCACAGAUGGCGGAGGUGUAUCGUGACGUUGACGCCUGUAGCUCACACCUUUCCGUCCAGCUCGGCUCCUGCACUGUUUUCAUCAUCAUAGGCGCCACGCUCCUUGCCUUCACGUUCAUGACGGAGUUCUGCAAGAUGCCACGUUGGCGAAGGUUGGCAGAUGAGAAGUGGCGGCAGAAGCAGCGGGGGACGCGUUUCCCACACCCGACCAUUUCCACUGUUCUCAACGACAACUCUAUCAUCUGUGUGGGCCACGGGGCAACGACCUCAACGCGCCUGCGGGAGCAGGAGGAACACCUGCCGACGAGCUCGAUGGGUUCGGUGCUGCAGUCGGCCGACAAGAAUGCCUUUCCUGAGGCAGGCAAUAACGUGGAGGAACACAUUCCUCGUUCGGAUAGUUACGACGCCUCGCAUCACAGGGCACAUUCCUGUUUCUCGGCACGGGAAGGGGAAGAUGGUUAUACCGUGAGGUGUAGCGACUAUUCUCUUCAGGGGGUUUCAAGUGUGCAUCGCAGCGUGAACUUUGAUCUCUCCCCGAUGGGCUCACCGCCAGUAAGCGGGGCGCCGCGCAGCGCUGAUGUUGUGUAUGCAGCAGCACCAGCAGGAGCAGCUGAAGGCAAUCAAAAUNCCGCCAGUAAGCGGGGCGCCGCGCAGCGCUGA